AUGGGUAAAGGUGAAAACAAACGAACCUCCAAACUUCAUCCACACCUCCAAUGGCGGAAUUCGCAACCGACGUACAAAACCUACAUUAAUUAAUUAAUUUCAUUGCAUCCUUCGAAACACACAAAAACAUCCUUCCUUGUCCAAACCCCUGCUUGCAUUCAACGCUACGUAAUACUAUAAUCAUACAGAUCCCAUACCCUUACCCUUACCCUUACCCAUAAACCUUCAAGCUCAAUUCCAUGAAACUUCGUGCCCCCUUUUUCUUCAACAACCGUCUCUUCUCUUUGUCCGAUUAAUUCCAUUCUCAUUAUUAAAUUUAAUUCCUUAUUACCGAGGUAGUAAUUAAGAAAAAAGGAAAUGGAUUCCGCCGCCCGCCGCCGCCUCCAAACCGUCGGAAACCACCUCAUUGGCGGCGCCGCCGCCGACCGCCCGCCGGGUCUCCGUGCACAACCCGCCGCCGGCGAAUUCUUUAUCGAGGAGGGAUACAGUGUACGGUUGCCUGAGAAAUUGCAGACAGGGAAAUGGAAUGUUUACCGGAAUCGCCGAUCCCCUCUGCAACUCGUGACUAAGUUUGUCGAUCAUCCAAACAUUGCUACAUUGCACGAUAAUUUCGUGCACGCCGUGGCGACCUAUCGCGACUACAAAUACUUGGGGUCGCGCGUUCGCAACGAUGGAAGUGUCGGCGAGUACGAAUGGAUGACGUAUGGCGAAGCGGGGACUUCCCGAUCAGCAAUUGGAUCGGGUCUCGUCAACUGCGGCAUACCAAAGGGAAGCUGCGUGGGGUUGUACUUUAUCAACCGGCCCGAGUGGGUAAUCAUUGAUCAUGCUUGCUCGGCGUAUUCGUUCGUUUCGGUGCCUUUAUACGACACACUAGGUCCGGAAGCAGUGAAAUACAUCGCAAAUCAUGCCUCGAUUACGACUAUCUUUUGCAUGCCGCAAACAUUAAAUAUCCUUCUCGGGUUCUUAUCCGAGAUUCCAUCCGUCAAUUUGAUUGUGGUCGUUGGAGGCGUCGAAGAUCAAAUGCUGCCGUCCGCGACUCGAGUUAAGGUCAUUCCGUAUUCAAAACUACACGGCGAAGGCCUCGGAAGCCUACAACCUUUUCGCGUGCCGACACCCGAUGAUAUUGCGACGAUAUGCUAUACGAGUGGCACUACGGGAACUCCAAAGGGGGUCGUGUUAACGCAUGGAAGUUUGAUUGCCAAUGCCGCCGGCAUAAGCACCGGAAUAAAUUUGUAUCCGUCGGAUUGUUACAUAUCGUAUCUGCCAUUGGCACACAUAUACGAGCGAGCUAACCAAAUUGUGUUUGCUUAUUACGGAGCCGCAUCCGGAUUUUAUCAAGGGGAUCAUUUAAAAUUGCUCGAAGACAUGGCUGUGCUAAAGCCCACCGUAUUUUGCAGUGUUCCGCGAGUUUACAAUCGAAUUUAUUCGGGAGUAAUGAAUGCUGUUAAGGCAUCCGGCGUUCUUCGGGAGAGGCUGUUCAAUGCCGCCUAUAAUGCGAAGAAGCAAGCAAUAUUCAACGGGAAGAAAUCAUCGCCGAUGUGGGACAGAUUAGUGUUCAAUAAGAUUAAAGACAAGUUGGGAGGCCGCGUUCGAUACAUGGUCUCGGGGGCUUCUCCGUUGUCCCCCGAAGUCAUGGACUUUUUACGAGUAUGCUUUGGCUGCAUAAUCGCGGAAGGUUACGGUAUGACAGAGUCGUCAUGUGUUAUAAGUGGCAUGGACGAAUUCGACAUUUUGUCCGGCCAUGUCGGCGCGCCCAAUCCGGCUUGUGAGAUUAAGCUUGUCGAUGUUCCCGAAAUGAACUAUACGUCGGAAGAUAAACCUUAUCCUCGCGGCGAGAUUUGCGUUAGGGGCCCCAUAGUGUUCCGAGGCUAUUAUAAAGACGAAGCGCAAACACGAGAAGUGAUCGACGACGAUGGAUGGCUUCACACGGGAGAUAUAGGUUUGUGGUUUGACGGAGGCCGGUUGAAGAUAAUCGAUCGGAAGAAGAACAUAUUCAAGUUAGCUCAAGGAGAGUACAUUGCGCCCGAGAAAAUAGAAAAUGUAUACGCGAAAUGCGAGUUUGUUGCGCAAUGCUUUAUUUAUGGCGACAGCUUUAACUCUUCCCUCGUCGCCAUUGUCGCCGUGGACCAUGAUGUCCUAAAAGCAUGGGCUACGUCUCAAGGGAUGAGUCAAGACAUAAGCAAACUAUGCGCCGAUCCAAGGACAAGGGCAGCUGUCCUCGCUGAAAUGAACGCCGUUGCAAGGGAAGCUCAGCUCCGAGGUUUCGAAUUCGCGAAGGCUGUAACUCUCGUGCCCGAACAGUUCACUUUGGAGAAUGAUUUGCUUACGCCAACGUUUAAGAUUAAACGGCCGCAGGCGAAAGCAUACUUCGCAAAAGCCAUUGCCGAUAUGUAUUCGGAGCUGUCGGAGUCGGAUCCAACUGGCUUGAACUGUGUUCUACAUUAAAUAUGACUGUGUGAGAGAUUUAAACACACAUUGAGAAGCUAAGACCGAGAAGAUCGUCGGCCUUCUCCGGAAAAUCGACCACGCUGGCGGCGACCUCUACGAGCACCCCACGCGGCAGAUCAUCAAGUACAUCAAACUUCGUUAGUUCUUUUUACUGUAAAGUUAAAAAUGAUUUAUAUUGUGAUCAAAACUGAUUACUUUUUUAUAU